UAACUCGGAGGGGGGUGGGGGGGACUAAUGGCGGCUACCUUGGUGUACCACUCAGGACAGUUUUUCUCCACAACUUGUAGCCAAGUUGAUGAUUAUUAAACAAAUGUAGUUUGCCAAUUUUUUUUUUAAAUAACAAUUGUAGGUAGGUUUUGGUCACGUUAAUUCCGGUUUUACGUGAUGUAAUUUGGCUAACAUGUACAGUUCAACGUCCACCAACAAGCUCUUCCGGUCAGAUAAACGUUCUAGUAGCAGCAAUAAGCUUCUUGUUCCCCGCAGCCGGUUUCUUAAAGCCGUAAGUAAUCAUGACUGCACUAGCCUGCCAAGUCUUGCCACCCAAGACGACGAUGAAGUACACUUUGACACUUCUGAUUCCGACAGUAACCAUGAAGUGCUCAUGGCAGGCAGACGCUACUCGUCCGUCCAAGAAUUUGCCUCGGCUAUCCCCAACCACCUCCUCCUGGGCUCUCUUCUGGAGCACCUGUGCUUUCUUUAUGAGAGUAACCCAGCACGCUCUCGAAUGCUAUUUAAAGUUAUUGGGCAGCGCUUAGCUUCGAUAAAUCUCCUCUCACCUUUGGCCAUAAGCGAUGAGUUCAGCACGGUCAGACUGCAACACAACCGGGCCUUCACUGAGCUCAUACAUGCUGCCAGCUCGUCACUGUACCCACAGGAGCAGGAACCGCUUAACACAAAUGCAGACAAUUCUGCUGUGAGACUGAAAGAAGGACUGUUUCAAGCACAGAUGUCCCGUUAUCUGAGUGAGUUUGAGGAAAUUGGUAGAAUUGGAAAAGGAUCUUAUGGAAAUGUUUACAAGGUGGUGAACAAACUGGAUGGGCAGUACUACGCUGUGAAAAAGAUUCUCAUUAAAAAAGUCUCCAAGGAUGAUUGCAUGAAGGUCCUCAGGGAAGUGAAAGUGUUGUCCAGCUUGCAGCAUGUUAAUGUCGUGGGAUACCACACAGCGUGGAUGGAGCACGUGCAGCCCACGACGUAUGCAGAGACUCUCCUACCUGAACUGACUUCACCUGCACAAGAAGACAUUUCUGACGAGGACCCUGAAAGGAGCAGCUCAAGUUUCUCUGUAGUUUUCCAAAGCAUUAGCCAGCCACAGGCGGACAGUUGCGCAAAUACCACGGUGCCCCCGGGUGAUGGCCCGCCCGCCAAACCCCUGGCGCUGAUGCAAGAGAAAGGUCAGGGGCUGUGCCCGAACAUGAUGCGACGCAUCCCCGAGAACUACGUGCCCUGCGUGUUCCUGGGACAGAGAGGGUCCAUGAAGGCUUCCAAAUGUCCCGCUGUUGGGUGGGACAUGUCGUCGCUGUUAGAGGGGGAGUCCAGCCGGAACAGCAUCGAGCUCAACAACAACAACACCUGUGAAGAAAAGAAAUGUGAACAAUACAAUAACAAUAAGGACCUUGCGAGACCCUCGAAAGAGGUCCACCUCCACCUGAUGCUCUACAUCCAGAUGCAGCUAUGUGAACGUUCACUCAAGGACUGGAUGACCGAGAGGAACUCCAAGCCCAAAGAGGAGCAAGCUCCAAGAUGUCCUUAUGGAUGUGUGAACGCUGAGCACACGUUCAGUCUGCUGAGGAAGAUACUCGAAGGGGUGGAGUAUAUUCACUCCCGGGGAAUCAUUCACAGAGACCUCAAGCCGAGGAACAUUUUCCUGAAUGGUCAUGACUGCCACAUUCGAAUUGGCGACUUUGGUUUGGCGUGCAGCGAUCUCAUACUAGAUACUCAUGAAAGCGCCCUUACUUCGCUAAGUGAUUCCCCACAUACCAUGGGUGUCGGUACAUUUGUUUACGCUUCACCAGAGCAGCUGAAGAGCUCCCAUUAUGAUUCAAAGUCAGACAUGUACAGCAUUGGGGUGCUUGCUCUUGAGCUUUUCCAGCCCUUCGGCACAGAAAUGGAGCGAGUCCGGACACUCGAGGACCUGAGAAAGGGCAAAAUACCGGACUCCUUCAGGAGCAGAUGGCCCGUCCUAGCCAAUUACAUCUUGAAGCUGACUAGUCAUGAGCCCAGCGUACGGCCCACAGCCGCCGAGCUUCUACAGAGUCAACUAUUCUGUAAUAAAGAUGUGGUGAUCUGUGGUUUGCAGAAAAAGGUUGAAGAGCAAGAGGAAGAAAUCCUUCAUCUGAGACAACAAAUCCAGCAGCUCCAAAAUUCGAACAGCCCUUUUCAAAAUUGUCCGAGUUGGGAAAACACCUGACUACAGGUUCACAAUGUAUCUUCCAUUUAGUGGCUUAAUUUAUGUUUGUUGUCUUGGACCUUUGUAUAUAAAGGUGUAUUAUCAGCAUUCUGAGGUCAUGUUAAAAAAAAAAAAAAAAAGUCAUUGAAAUAUUGAUGUAUUUUACAGCAUUGGGCACUGUGUUUUGGGCCCAUUGUUAACACUAAGUAAAUGUGUAGAGAUGUUCUCAUUUUGUCUUUAUGGCUAAAUUAUUUACUUGAUACCCAGAAAGUAGUUUUUACGAUUUAACACAUUACAGCGCCAAAUGGUUCCACAAAUCCGCGGAAAUGUUUUUAUUUGCUUAUUUCAUCUAUGUUAAUCCUUCAAGGGUAAAUUCAACCCACACUCUUGCUAUGUAUUUGCAUGCAGGUGUGCAAGGGAAUGUACAAUUUAUUAUUUUUUUUUUUUUACCACAUGGUUUUGAAAAUUUUAUUACGCUCCAGUGAAACAAAUUUUGAACAUUUUAGCCAUA